AUGUCCGACGCCGGCCGCCAGUCUUUCGGUGACAAGGCUUCCGCUGCCUUGAAGCCCGACUCUGAGAAGUCCACCACCGAGCACAUCGGUGACUCCGUUAAGGGCACCACCGACUCUGUCGCGUCGUCGCUCCAGCCUCAGGGCGAGAAGUCGACCACCCAGAAGGCCGGCGACACCCUCUCGGGCAACUCGAACGAGAACUCCGGUUCGCUCCUCGACAAGACCAAGGACACCCUCGGCCUCGGCAACAAGUCUUCGUAA